UGAAUGGUCUUCACACACCUCCGGAUUUGGUCAGGUCGAGAGACCACUGUGAAUGAAGUGGUUGGGGCAGAGGACCAGGGCUGUUGGGUAGGAGUCCCAAGAACAUCUCAGAGGGAAUCAAAGGCCUUGUCACCAUGAAGAAGCUCUUCAGCUUCCGGAAAAAGGGCAAGACCGAUCAGUCCCAUAGCUAUUUCUCCGAUCUGUCCGUGAGCGGGGCUAGUCCCACUCCCAGCCUGUCCACAGGUGGGAGACAUCGCCGUCAAGAUAAGCACUCAAAGAAACUUCACAAAGCUGCUUCAGUGGGCAAUGUGCAGAAGUUGAAGGUGUACCUUGAACGCAGGAAGCAUGAUGUGAACGGGCAGGACAAAAGAAACAGAACGCCUUUGCAUUUGGCCUGUGCUAAUGGAUAUGCAAAUAUUGUGAGUCUCCUAAUUGAGAAUCAUUGCAAAAUUAAUGUCCAGGAUAGUAAAAACAGGACCCCACUGAUGAAGGCAGUACAGUGUCAACAGGAGAAUUGCGCCACAAUUCUUCUACAGCAUGGUGCAAACCCAAAUCUGGUGGAUUUUUAUAAUAAUACUGCCCUCCACUAUGCUGCUUGUGGUAAAAAUAUCUCACUAGCCAAGAAAUUGCUCGGAUACAAAGCCAACCUUGAAGCUAAAAAUAAGGAUGGCUACACUCCACUUUUACUUGCUAUUGCUGAAAACAAUGAAAAUAUGGUAAAAUUCCUUCUGAAGAAAGGAGCAGAUGUUAAUGCAUCAGAUAACAAACACAGAACAGCCAUUAUGAUUGCUCUCAUUGCUGAACCAACAAGUUCUGUAACACUUCUUCUUCAACAAAAUACUGACUUAACUUGCAAAGAUAUUUAUGGAUUUACAGCUGAGGAAUAUGCUUCUUUUAAUGCCUUUACUACGUUUCAUCAGAUACUUGCCAAUAAUGGAAACAAGAAGAAAACUAAAUCAACAGCUUACUGA